AACUGGUGGAUUUCGAUUCAGAAGAGAGGCUGAACCCCAAGGUUCAAUAACUUUCCAAGGAACGCAACCUCUGAGCGGUCCAAUGCGUCAACCUACCUGGGAUCUCAACGUUAAUCGUAACAUUAUGAACAAUGGCCGCACAACCGCAGAUAUUUAUGGAGGAUUAAAUAAAGUACCUGGACAACGAGUGCAACCACAUAUCGGCAUUCAAGCUGAGAGGAAUUUUGGCAAUGGUUUCAUCAGAGGUAAUGGUCAACUUCAACCGGGUCCAAGAGGUCACGGUGUCUCUCCUUCAGUUGGUGUAACUGGUGGAUUUCGAUUCAGAAGAGAGGCUGAACCCCAAGGUUCAAUAACUUUCCAAGGAACGCAACCUCUGAGCGGUCCAAUGCGUCAACCUACCUGGGAUCUCAACGUUAAUCGUAACAUUAUGAACAAUGGCCGCACAACCGCAGAUAUUUAUGGAGGAUUAAAUAAAGUACCUGGACAACGAGUGCAACCACAUAUCGGCAUUCAAGCUGAGAGGAAUUUUGGCAAUGGUUUCAUCAGAGGUAAUGGUCAACUUCAACUGGGUCCAAGAGGUCACGGUGUCUCUCCUUCAGUUGGUAUAACUGGUGGAUUUCGAUUCAGAAGAGAGGCUGAACCCCAAGGUUCAAUAACUUUCCAAGGAACGCAACCUCUGAGCGGUCCAAUGCGUCAACCUACCUGGGAUCUCAACGUUAAUCGUAACAUCAUGAACAAUGGCCGCACAACCGCAGAUGUCUACGGAGGAUUGAAUAAAGUACCGGGACAACGAGUGCAACCACAUAUCGGCAUUCAAGCUGAGAGGAAUUUUGGCAAUGGUUUCAUCAGAGGUAAUGGUCAACUUCAACUGGGUCCAAGAGGUCACGGUGUCUCUCCUUCAGUUGGUAUAACUGGUGGAUUUCGAUUCAGAAGAGAGGCUGAACCCCAAGGUUCAAUAACUUUCCAAGGAACGCAACCUCUGAGCGGUCCAAUGCGUCAACCUACCUGGGAUCUCAACGUUAAUCGUAACAUUAUGAACAAUGGCCGCACAACCGCAGAUAUUUAUGGAGGAUUAAAUAAAGUACCUGGACAACGAGUGCAACCACAUAUCGGCAUUCAAGCUGAGAGGAAUUUUGGCAAUGGUUUCAUCAGAGGUAAUGGUCAACUUCAACUGGGUCCAAGAGGUCACGGUGUCUCUCCUUCAGUUGGUAUAACUGGUGGAUUUCGAUUCAGAAGAGAGGCUGAACCCCAAGGUUCAAUAACUUUCCAAGGAACGCAACCUCUGAGCGGUCCAAUGCGUCAACCUACCUGGGAUCUCAACGUUAAUCGUAACAUUAUGAACAAUGGCCGCACAACCGCAGAUAUUUAUGGAGGAUUAAAUAAAGUACCUGGACAACGAGUGCAACCACAUAUCGGCAUUCAAGCUGAGAGGAAUUUUGGCAAUGGUUUCAUCAGAGGUAAUGGUCAACUUCAACUGGGUCCAAGAGGUCACGGUGUCUCUCCUUCAGUUGGUAUAACUGGUGGAUUUCGAUUCAGAAGAGAGGCUGAACCCCAAGGUUCAAUAACUUUCCAAGGAACGCAACCUCUGAGCGGUCCAAUGCGUCAACCUACCUGGGAUCUCAACGUUAAUCGUAACAUUAUGAACAAUGGCCGCACAACCGCAGAUAUUUAUGGAGGAUUAAAUAAAGUACCUGGACAACGAGUGCAACCACAUAUCGGCAUUCAAGCUGAGAGGAAUUUUGGCAAUGGUUUCAUCAGAGGUAAUGGUCAACUUCAACCGGGUCCAAGAGGUCACGGUGUCUCUCCUUCAGUUGGUAUAACUGGUGGAUUUCGAUUCAGAAGAGAGGCUGAACCCCAAGGUUCAAUAACUUUCCAAGGAACGCAACCUCUGAGCGGUCCAAUGCGUCAACCUACCUGGGAUCUCAACGUUAAUCGUAACAUUAUGAACAAUGGCCGCACAACCGCAGAUAUUUAUGGAGGAUUAAAUAAAGUACCUGGACAACGAGUGCAACCACAUAUCGGCAUUCAAGCUGAGAGGAAUUUUGGCAAUGGUUUCAUCAGAGGUAAUGGUCAACUUCAACUGGGUCCAAGAGGUCACGGUGUCUCUCCUUCAGUUGGUAUAACUGGUGGAUUUCGAUUCAGAAGAGAGGCUGAACCCCAAGGUUCAAUAACUUUCCAAGGAACGCAACCUCUGAGCGGUCCAAUGCGUCAACCUACCUGGGAUCUCAACGUUAAUCGUAACAUUAUGAACAAUGGCCGCACAACCGCAGAUAUUUAUGGAGGAUUAAAUAAAGUACCUGGACAACGAGUGCAACCACAUAUCGGCAUUCAAGCUGAGAGGAAUUUUGGCAAUGGUUUCAUCAGAGGUAAUGGUCAACUUCAACUGGGUCCAAGAGGUCACGGUGUCUCUCCUUCAGUUGGUAUAACUGGUGGAUUUCGAUUCAGAAGAGAGGCUGAACCCCAAGGUUCAAUAACUUUCCAAGGAACGCAACCUCUGAGCGGUCCAAUGCGUCAACCUACCUGGGAUCUCAACGUUAAUCGUAACAUUAUGAACAAUGGCCGCACAACCGCAGAUAUUUAUGGAGGAUUAAAUAAAGUACCUGGACAACGAGUGCAACCACAUAUCGGCAUUCAAGCUGAGAGGAAUUUUGGCAAUGGUUUCAUCAGAGGUAAUGGUCAACUUCAACUGGGUCCAAGAGGUCACGGUGUCUCUCCUUCAGUUGGUAUAACUGGUGGAUUUCGAUUCAGAAGAGAGGCUGAACCCCAAGGUUCAAUAACUUUCCAAGGAACGCAACCUCUGAGCGGUCCAAUGCGUCAACCUACCUGGGAUCUCAACGUUAAUCGUAACAUUAUGAACAAUGGCCGCACAACCGCAGAUAUUUAUGGAGGAUUAAAUAAAGUACCUGGACAACGAGUGCAACCACAUAUCGGCAUUCAAGCUGAGAGGAAUUUUGGCAAUGGUUUCAUCAGAGGUAAUGGUCAACUUCAACUGGGUCCAAGAGGUCACGGUGUCUCUCCUUCAGUUGGUAUAACUGGUGGAUUUCGAUUCAGAAGAGAGGCUGAACCCCAAGGUUCAAUAACUUUCCAAGGAACGCAACCUCUGAGCGGUCCAAUGCGUCAACCUACCUGGGAUCUCAACGUUAAUCGUAACAUUAUGAACAAUGGCCGCACAACCGCAGAUAUUUAUGGAGGAUUAAAUAAAGUACCUGGACAACGAGUGCAACCACAUAUCGGCAUUCAAGCUGAGAGGAAUUUUGGCAAUGGUUUCAUCAGAGGUAAUGGUCAACUUCAACCGGGUCCAAGAGGUCACGGUGUCUCUCCUUCAGUUGGUAUAACUGGUGGAUUUCGAUUCAGAAGAGAGGCUGAACCCCAAGGUUCAAUAACUUUCCAAGGAACGCAACCUCUGAGCGGUCCAAUGCGUCAACCUACCUGGGAUCUCAACGUUAAUCGUAACAUUAUGAACAAUGGCCGCACAACCGCAGAUAUUUAUGGAGGAUUAAAUAAAGUACCUGGACAACGAGUGCAACCACAUAUCGGCAUUCAAGCUGAGAGGAAUUUUGGCAAUGGUUUCAUCAGAGGUAAUGGUCAACUUCAACUGGGUCCAAGAGGUCACGGUGUCUCUCCUUCAGUUGGUAUAACUGGUGGAUUUCGAUUCAGAAGAGAGGCUGAACCCCAAGGUUCAAUAACUUUCCAAGGAACGCAACCUCUGAGCGGUCCAAUGCGUCAACCUACCUGGGAUCUCAACGUUAAUCGUAACAUUAUGAACAAUGGCCGCACAACCGCAGAUAUUUAUGGAGGAUUAAAUAAAGUACCUGGACAACGAGUGCAACCACAUAUCGGCAUUCAAGCUGAGAGGAAUUUUGGCAAUGGUUUCAUCAGAGGUAAUGGUCAACUUCAACUGGGUCCAAGAGGUCACGGUGUCUCUCCUUCAGUUGGUGUAACUGGUGGAUUUCGAUUCAGAAGAGAAGCUGAACCCCAAGGUUCAAUAACUUUCCAAGGAACGCAACCUCUGAGCGGUCCAAUGCGUCAACCUACCUGGGAUCUCAACGUUAAUCGUAACAUUAUGAACAAUGGCCGCACAACCGCAGAUAUUUAUGGAGGAUUAAAUAAAGUACCUGGACAACGAGUGCAACCACAUAUCGGCAUUCAAGCUGAGAGGAAUUUUGGCAAUGGUUUCAUCAGAGGUAAUGGUCAACUUCAACUGGGUCCAAGAGGUCACGGUGUCUCUCCUUCAGUUGGUGUAACUGGUGGAUUUCGAUUCAGAAGAGAAGCUGAACCCCAAGGUUCAAUAACUUUCCAAGGAACGCAACCUCUGAGCGGUCCAAUGCGUCAACCUACCUGGGAUCUCAACGUUAAUCGUAACAUCGUGAACAAUGGCCGCACAACCGCAGAUGUCUACGGAGGAUUGAAUAAAGUACCGGGACAACGAGUGCAACCACAUAUCGGCAUUCAAGCUGAGAGGAAUUUUGGCAAUGGUUUCAUCAGAGGUAAUGGUCAACUUCAACUGGGUCCAAGAGGUCACGGUGUCUCUCCUUCAGUUGGUAUAACUGGUGGAUUUCGAUUCAGAAGAGAGGCUGAACCCCAAGGUUCAAUAACUUUCCAAGGAACGCAACCUCUGAGCGGUCCAAUGCGUCAACCUACCUGGGAUCUCAACGUUAAUCGUAACAUCGUGAACAAUGGCCGCACAACCGCAGAUGUCUACGGAGGAUUGAAUAAAGUACCGGGACAACGAGUGCAACCACAUAUCGGCAUUCAAGCUGAGAGGAAUUUUGGCAAUGGUUUCAUCAGAGGUAAUGGUCAACUUCAACCGGGUCCAAGAGGUCACGGUGUCUCUCCUUCAGUUGGUGUAACUGGUGGAUUUCGAUUCAGAAGAGAAGCUGAACCCCAAGGUUCAAUAACUUUCCAAGGAACGCAACCUCUGAGCGGUCCAAUGCGUCAACCUACCUGGGAUCUCAACGUUAAUCGUAACAUUAUGAACAAUGGCCGCACAACCGCAGAUAUUUAUGGAGGAUUAAAUAAAGUACCUGGACAACGAGUGCAACCACAUAUCGGCAUUCAAGCUGAGAGGAAUUUUGGCAAUGGUUUCAUCAGAGGUAAUGGUCAACUUCAACUGGGUCCAAGAGGUCACGGUGUCUCUCCUUCAGUUGGUGUAACUGGUGGAUUUCGAUUCAGAAGAGAGGCUGAACCCCAAGGUUCAAUAACUUUCCAAGGAACGCAACCUCUGAGCGGUCCAAUGCGUCAACCUACCUGGGAUCUCAACGUUAAUCGUAACAUCGUGAACAAUGGCCGCACAACCGCAGAUGUCUACGGAGGAUUGAAUAAAGUACCGGGACAACGAGUGCAACCACAUAUCGGCAUUCAAGCUGAGAGGAAUUUUGGCAAUGGUUUCAUCAGAGGUAAUGGUCAACUUCAACCGGGUCCAAGAGGUCACGGUGUCUCUCCUUCAGUUGGUAUAACUGGUGGAUUUCGAUUCAGAAGAGAAGCCGAACCCCAAGGUUCAAUAACUUUCCAAGGAACGCAACCUCUGAGCGGUCCAAUGCGUCAACCUACCUGGGAUCUCAAUGUUAAUCGUAACAUCAUGAACAAUGGCCGCACAACCGCAGAUGUCUAUGGAGGAUUGAAUAAAAUACCGGGACAACGAGUGCAACCACACAUCGGCAUUCAAGCUGAGAGAAAUUUUGGCAAUAAUGGUUUCAUCAGAGGUCAUGGUCAACUUCAGCCGAGUCCAAGAGGUCACGGUGUCUCUCCUUCAGUUGGUAUUACUGGUGGUUUUCGAUUUAAAAGAGAAGCCGAAGAUACUGAUGAGAUAGAACUCACCGAAAAGUAUUAAAACAAAUUUUGAGUUAACAUUUAAAUGAUUUACAUACAAAUAUAUAGAAAUUUAUGCAAA